UUCCAAUUUCUGGAGUCAUACUUAUUUCUUGAGUUCGUUUCUCUCGAACAUUCAUGAAGUACUUCUCAACUCGAGGAGGCUCUCAAGAGCUCUCCUUCGAAGAGACCGUUCUGACUGGCCUCGCACCCAACGGAGGCCUUUAUAUCCCGACUUUCAUCCCGAAACUACCUGAAAAUUGGAAGGAAGAUUGGGAAGGCUAUUCUUUCGUAGAUAUCUCCGUGGCUGUGCUUUCACUAUACAUCUCGCGAGAUGAACUUUCGGAACAGGAGCUGCGCAGCUUGGUGAUGAAGUCGUAUGCUAGCUUCCGACAUCCAGAGAUUACACCGCUCAAAAAGCUCGAGGACAAGAAAUAUGUAUUGGAGCUUUGGCAUGGUCCUACAUGGGCGUUCAAGGAUGUUGCACUUCAACUUUUAGGGAACUUGUUCGAGUUCUUCUUGCAACGGAGGAAUGAGAAGAAUCCAAAAAUAAUUGAGAAGUUGACCGUCGUAGGAGCCACCAGCGGAGACACCGGAAGUGCUGCAAUAUACGGUCUUCGUAACAAAGCAAACAUAUCCAUCUUCAUCCUGCAUCCCAAAGACCGGGUAUCUCCAAUCCAGGAAGCCCAAAUGACCACUGUCACUGAUGCCAACGUGCAUAAUCUGGCGGUCAAAGGGACAUUCGAUGACUGUCAAGACAUAGUCAAGGCCUUGUUCGCGGACACUGAAUUCAAUGCAAAACAUCAUCUCGGAGCCGUGAACUCUAUCAAUUGGGCUCGUAUCCUGGCUCAAACAGUGUACUACUUCCUUGCUUAUUUCAGUUUGCGUCGGGCAAUAGGCGAAGAUGUUGAUGUGCAGUUUGUCGUCCCAACAGGAAACUUUGGUGACAUCCUUGCUGGCUACUACGCCAAAAAGAUGGGUUUACCGAUGGCCGGUAAAUUGGGUGUUGCAACGAAUGCUAACGAUAUUCUGGCUCGAUUCUGGAAAACCGGUCGAUACGAAAAAGCAGACUCGUCGCCUCUAGACGAUUCCCCUUCGAUGCAACCGGCUGCCGGGUCGUCUGACGGUAAGCAGGCAACUCAGGAUAACAGUGGAGUCAAAGAGACCUUGAGUCCAGCGAUGGAUAUUUUGGUAUCCAGUAAUUUCGAGCGGUUACUGUGGUAUCUGGCGUAUGUGAACGUUCCCGAAGACGAAAGUGAUCGGCGGGGAAAAGCCGGUGAGAUUGUAGCUGGAUGGAUGAAUCAAAUGAAGAGCGAUGGAAAGGUUGAGGUUCCGGCUUCUGUACUGGAAACCGCACGACAAGAUUUCUGUGCGGAGCGAGUCAGUGAUGAACAGAUACUGACAAGUAUUCAAUCUCACUUUUCUGGAAUUCCCUCCUAUGUCGUUGAUCCUCACACCGCCGUAGGGUUGUUCGCUGCCGAGCGGAUGGCGCAACACAAUGGGCCCUCUGUCGUUCAAGUGAUACUGUCUACAGCACAUCCAGCCAAAUUCUCCGAAGCGGUCUCCACUGCUUUAAAAGAGACACCUAACUUCGAUUUUGAGGGUCAGAUCAUGCCAAAGGAGUUCAACGGCUUGUUACAAAAAGAGAAGCGUGUGGUUGACGUUGAGAGUGCCGACGUUGACCUCGUUAAAAGUAUCAUCGAAGCAAGAGUAUAAUCUAGUAUAAUAUGUAUACAUCUCCUGGGAUAGAUACAAGAUAUGAAGAUUUUAGAUAAAGUC